CCGGAAGGCUUUGUGAGCGAGCCCCUCCUCAGCUUGUUUUCCCACCCAUUUUCUUCUUUUUAAUUUGCUGCUCGACAUUCUCUAAACGCCAUUAAAAUGUAUCUGAGAGCCGUCCACGCGGACGCAGACGUCCGAACGCUACGAGACAUCAUCCGCCAGUACCCUCUGGGCAUCUUGACGACCGCCAUCCCGUCCCCCACCAAGUCAUACCCCCUCAUCCAAUGCACGCACAUUCCAUUUUUGCUCGACCUUGAAGAUGAGAUGAGCGAGACCGAGUUGGGUGUUCUUCGAGGACACAUGGCCCGCAGCAACCCACACGCGAAAGCAUUCAUCGAGGCCCUAGAAGCAAACCCUGCGGCGGGCGGUGUUCUUGAGCAGGAAGUCAUGGUGCUCUUCAACGUCCCAGUGCACCACUAUGUCACGCCCAAGUUUUAUGUUGAAACCAAGCCCAAGGACGGCAAGGUCGUGCCCACUUGGGACUAUGCUGCCUCCCAGGUCUACGGAACUGCCAAGAUCUUCUUUGACAGCAAGUCGGAGGAAACAGGAUCGUUCCUCGCCAAGCAGAUUUCAGAGCUGUCCGACCACGCCGAGGCCAACAUUAUGGGCCACAAGGGAGGCGAGACAGGAAAGGAGCCAUGGAAGGUCUCCGAGGCUCCUGAUUCAUACAUUAAUUUGUUGAAAAAGGCUAUUAUUGGCAUUGAAAUCAAGGUCGACAGGCUCGAAGGCAAGUUCAAGAUGAGCCAAGAGCUGCCCGAGGGCGAUGUUCAAGGCGUGGUGGACGGCUUCGAAAAGAUGGGUACUGAGACUACCAAGCAAAUUGCUGGGAUUAUUACAGAGCGACGGGAACUUAAGAAGGCCAAGGCAGCGGCUAAGGCGUCGGCUUGAACGGAGUUGAAUAAAAAAGAAAAGAAAAGAAAAGAAAAGGACUGGUAUUAUAGAGUUGCAUAGAAUUAUACACAGCGGCCAAAGACAGCAUAAUGUUUCUACAUGGUGGACACUACCAAAUGGUUUAAAGGAUAUCAAAUCUGGUAAUAAAGAGCGACUAUGGCUCAGGCUAGUAUCAUGCACAAAUCAAGAGUGAAUAUGCAAGGGUUGACCUAGUCGGAGGAAACGGCUUUACACGAUGCCAACAAGCGGCUUGUUGUGGGUGAAGCCGUCGAAAGAGGGUUGCAAAAAGCACUGAUACUGCAUUUGUCAGCUCGGCCGUAAAUUCUUUUAAGACAUGUUGCAACUGUACGGCACAUCGCAUCAUGUCAAGCCCCGCAACUAGAAUAGUGGGAGCGA